GAGGACACACCGUCACUCCCCACUAUGGCAGCUCGUGUCGCAGCUCUCGUCCUCGCCCUGGUCAUGCAGGUGGCCUCAGGAGCACCCGCCUGCUCCUGCGGGGGGUUCGUCCUUCCAUCCCCAUCACCAGCUCCUUCAACCCUGCCGUUCUACUACGGCGAGGUAGCAGAGGCUAACGCUGCUGCUUCUGCAGCCGCCUACGCCGCCGCAUCUGCCGCCGCUGCUGCUUCCGCCGCCGAUGGUGCUGUUGCCACUGCCACCGGAGCACCCCUGUACAUUCUACCCGCCCCCGGCGUGCCAGCCCCCACUCCCGCUCUCCCAGCUCCCUCAGCUCCCGUUCCCGUCGGUCCCCCAGAGGUCGUGUCUAGGUCCACCGGUACUCCCUCGACUUACACCACUCCUCUCUCUUGCAAGACCUCCAACUACGAGCUCCCCGUUCAGUCGACCAGUAACGCCGUUGCUGGCCCUGUCUCCGAGUCCAGCGCUGUUGUUGACGGCUGCUGCUCUUCCUCUUGCGCCGCCACCAGGGCUCAGUGCUCUGGCACCACCAAGAACGUGUCCUUCAAGACCCCCGUCAUCAUUGAUGGAACUUCCUCUACCUCAACAAAAAUUGUCCCCGUCGGUAAACCCACUGUGAGCCGCUCCACAAAGGCCGGUACCCCUAAGAUCUCCACCAGGGUGUACCCCUACUCCGGUCCAGGAGUUGCCCCUGCCCCCGCCCCCGCUCCUGCUCCAGGACCUAUUUACAUUAAUCCACUUUUAAACUAUGACGUCGCUGCCGCUGAAGCUGCUGCCGCCGCCGCCUCUGCCGACGCUUCUGCCGCCGUCGCCGCUGAGGUUGCUGCCGUUGAUGCUGCUGCCGCCGCCGCAGCUGAUGCUAAUGCUGCUGCUGCUGCCGCCGCUGCUGCAUAUGCCACCGGCUCCGCUUCUGUACCGACUUCAAUUUACGGUCUCCCUUGGCAAGCUCCUUGUGUGUGCCAUUAAGAACGAAUCCCAAACAUGAGGAUGUUCGUUUAAAGUAAAAUAAAAUUCAAUUCCAAAACUA